ACUCUUCAAGAAAACUGCACCCUGAUUUUUUUUGGAGGGUGUUCAGGAAAAUGCCAGCCCAGCAGCGACGGAUUAGAACCCGGGACAGGAAUAAUGCUCUGGCCAGACCGGAAUUCAUGUCUCUAAAUCAGCCGCCGACGUUGACCCAGGAGGGCCGAAGCCCCAACAGAAAACAGAGCGGGCAAACGGGCAACUCCAGCGAGGGCUCGAGGGAAAAAUCGCAAAGCCAGCUGCUUCCCGAAGAAGACUGCAUGCAGCUGAACCCUUCUUUCAAAGGCAUCGCGUGGAAUUCACUGAUGGCCAUUGAUAUCUGUAUGUCCAAGCGGCUGGGCGUUUGCGCCAACAGUGCUUCAUCUUGGGGAAGCGCCCGCUCCAUGGUCACGUUGAUCGGAAUAACCAGCCAUGGGUUGCCUUGGAUUGGGGGAGCGAUAGUUUGUUUGUGGAACAGCAACACAUUGGCGGGGCAAGAAGUCCUAACAAACCUGCUGCUCGCCCUGAUGCUGGACAUUCUGACUGUGGCCGGAGUGCAGAAGCUGGUAAAGCGUCGCGGUCCGUAUGAGAUGACUCCUGGAAUUCUGGACUACCUUGUCCUCGAUGUGUAUGCCUUCCCUGCUGGACAUGCCAGCAGAGCCACCAUGGUAUCUAAGUUCUUCCUCAACCAUUUGGUACUUGCCAUCCCACUUCGCGUUCUGCUGGUCCUCUGGGCCUUUUUAGUUGGAUUAUCUCGUAUCAUGAUUGGCCGACAUCACAUAACUGAUGUUUUAGGAGGGUUUGUGAUUGGCUAUCUGCAGUUUAACUUUGUGGAGUUUCUCUGGCUUUCUUCGAACACUUGCCAGAUGUUGUCCUCCUUCUGGUAAAGUCCCACACUUGCUGUCAAGGAAAGACUUAAUGCCAACAACGAAUGGACCUUUUAUAAAAACUCAACGUUCUAUGUUCCGUGGAUGCUUCAGGAGAGCAACGAAAGGACAACUGAGUUAUUGUUAUUUUUGUUCUAAUAAGAAAAAAAAGUAAUUGUGAUAUCAUCU